CUUGUCUUUUUAAAAAAACAUUAUUUAUUUGGCUGUGCUGGGUCUUAGUUGCAGCAUGCAAGGUCUUCUUUGGGUCAUGCACGAUCUUUUGUUGCAGCUCAGGACCCUCAGUGAUGCUGUGGCCACCUACCUCUAACUAAUUUUUUUUUUUGCUAGUUGAAUUUGUUAACUUUCCCUCUAAAAGGAACAGAAAGAGCAGAGUAGUACCUUUGAACCUGAAUUUUUACAGAUAGUUUGAAAGCUGCGUAAUCUGUUGAAAUUUACAGAUGCUGGUAAGACCAUUACCGGAUCUUGAUCUUGGAAUUGCUCGACUGUUAAAGUAUUCACUGGUCAUGGUUUUUAAAUAUUUAAUUUUUUUGAAUUAUAAUCAUGUCUGUCUUUUUCUUCCCCACCACCCCCUCUUUCUGUUAAUAGUUGGACAAAGAGAAUCUGAAGAUGUGAGUGAAAGGGACUCAGACAAAGAGAUGGCUGCUAACUCAGCGGUGGUUCAAGACAUCACGACGGAGGGGAAGGAGGAAAUGUCUGAGAUGAUGGAACCCAUCCCUGCCUCAGAAAGCAGCGUGGAUGAGCUGGUGCAACCCCCUGAGCCCCAGGCUAACGACGUGGGAUUUAAGAAGGUAUUCAAGUUUGUCGGCUUCAAAUUCACCGUGAAAAAGGAUAAGACCGAGAAGUCUGACAGCGUGCAGCUCCUCACCGUCAAGAAGGAUGAAAGUGAAGGGGCAGGAGAGUCCGACGGGGCUGGUGACCACCCGGAGCCCAGCCGCGAGACCGGGGGCGCAACACCCAAAGACGGUGAACUGAAACAGUCCACCGAGAAACCCGAGGAGGCCCCCGAACGCGAGCAGAGCUGCACGGAAAUCUCCCUUCAGGCCGAGUCUGGUCAAGCAGCUGAGGAAGGCAAAGAUGAAGGAGAAGAGAAACAAGAGAAAGAACCCGCCAGACCUGCAGAUUCCCCGACUAGUCCCGUGGCCAGCGAAACCGCCUCGCCCUUCAGAAAAUUCUUCACUCAAGGCUGGGCCGGCUGGCGCAAAAAGACCAGCUUCAGGAAGCCCCGGGAGGAGGAGCUGGAGGCUUCCGAGAAGAAGAAAGAACAGGAGCCCGAAAAAGCCGAAGAAAUCGAAAAGACCGAAGAGCCCGGCGAGCAGCCGCCCGCCCAGGAGGCCCCCGAGAGCACCCAGGAGGCCAGGCUGUCGGCCGAGUAUGAAAAAGUGGAGCUGCCCCCUGAAGACCAAGCGCAGGCACCUCCCGAAGAGAGACCAGCUCCGUUAGCAACCGAGGUGUUUGACGAAAAGGUAGAGAUUGUCGCCGAAGUCCACGUUAGCACUGUGGAGAAGGACCAGGAAGAACCGGAAGCCGAAGCGGAAGAAACAGGGGCGCUCUCGCCACCGGAAAAGUCGACCGAGACGAGCGCCGACCUUCCGGAAGCCGAGUCGGCAGAGAUGCUGAAGACGGAGGAAGACACGGGCGCCCUGAGCGGGGACCACUCCCAGGCAACUGAGCUUAGCGGGGAAGCAAAAUCGCCGUCCACGCCCCCCGAGGGCACCGUGAGGGAGGCCGAAAUGCUGUCCUCGCAGGAGAGAAUUAAAGUGCAGGGGAGCCCUUUAAAGAAACUGUUCACGAGCUCCGGCUUGAAAAAGCUGUCUGGAAAGAAACAGAAAGGGAAACGAGGCGGCGACGAGGAAUCCGGGGAGCAGCCCCCAGCCUCCGUGGAUUCUCCCGACAGUCCAGACGAACCGAAGGGCGGUGAGAGCUCAGCUUCGUCUCCAGAAGAGCCCGAGGAGAUCACCUGUCUGGAGAAAGGGGUGGCUGAGGCCCCUGGCCAGGAUGGGGAGGCGGAGGAAGGGACCACUUCCGAUGGGGAGAAGAAGAGGGAAGGUGGUGUUACCCCCUGGGCAUCUUUCAAAAAGAUGGUGACGCCCAAGAAACGCGUGCGAAGGCUCUCUGAAAGCGAUAAGGAGGACGAGGCGGACAAAGUCAAAAGCGCCACCCUGUCCUCCACGGAGAGCGCGGCCUCCGAAGUGCAGGAAGAGGCCAAAGGGAAUGGAGAGGAGCCGAAGCCCGAGGAGCCCAAGCGCAAGGUCGACACCUCCGUGUCCUGGGAAGCCCUGAUUUGCGUGGGGUCAUCCAAGAAGAGAGCCAGGAAAGCAUCCUCUUCCGACGACGAAGGGGAACCAAGACCCCUCGGAGGGGAAAGCCAGAGAGCAGAGGAAGCUGGGAGGGACAAAGAGCCGGGCCCAGAGGCGGCCGCUGCCGGUUCCCAGGACCACGAGCAACCACCGGGAAGCUCCUCACCCGAGCCGGCCGGCAGCCCUUCCGAAGGUGAGGGCGUCUCCACUUGGGAAACCUUUAAAAGACUGGUCACCUCGAGAAAAAAAUCGAAGUCAAAACUGGAAGAGAGAAGCGAAGACUCUGUAGCUGGGCCUGGCGCAGAACAUGCAGCCUCAGAGGCGGAGCCGGGGAAAGAAGAGUCUUGGGUUUCCAUCCGGAAGUUUAUUCCCGGGCGAAGGAAGAAACGGCCAGAUGGGAAGCAGGAACCAGCCGCCGUCGAAGAGGCGGGGCCAGCGGAGGCCAACGAGGACGAUGCGGACAUCCCAGCCGUAGUCCCUCUGUCUGAAUAUGAUGCGGUGGAAAGAGAGAAAACCGAAGCCCAGCAAGCCCCCAAGAGCCAGGAGGGGCCCGAGCAGAAGCAGGUGGAUGUCGAUGAGGAGCUCAGCAAGAGUCUGGUUCACACCGUGUCGGUAGCUGUCGUGGACGGGACAAGGGCCAUUAGCAAUAUCAAAGAAAGGGCGCCCUCCUGGAUCUCAGCGUCGGUGACGGAACCUCUGGAACAAGCCGAAGACGAAGCCACACCACCAAGCGAGGAGGUGCUUGAAAGAGAAGUCGUCGUGGAGGAAACCCCCAUCGUUACCAAAGUGCUGCCAGAGGGCCAGGAGGCUGGUGAUGACACGAUGGCCAGCGAGGUGGAAUUAACCUCGGAGGCCGUGACAGCUGCCGAAACCACAGAGGCCUCUGGUGCGGAAGAGACCGCAGACAUGGUUUCGGCUGUCUCUCAGUUAACCGACUCUCCAGACACCACCGAGGAGGCGACACCAGUGCAAGAGGUGGAGGGCGGCAUGCCUGACGCGGAGGACCAGGCGAGGAGGACCCAGGAGGUGCUGCAGGCCGUUGCAGAAAAAGUUAGAGAAAAGUCACAGCUGCCAGACGAUGCCAUCCAGACAACCCAGAAAGGACACACCAAAAUACUGGAGAAAGUGGAAGAGGCUGAGGAGGGUUCUCAGGCCCUCGAUCUGAAGGAAGUGAUGGACGAAGCAUCCAAAGGGCUUAUCCAAGAUACUGAAACUGAGACUUUGACACAGGAGAAGGUGGUUGCCGAGGCCACCGUGGAAAGCUUGGAAGAAGUUCCUCCAGGCACAGAGAGUGCAGAGGCCAGGGAGUUGGUGAGCACUUGUCUGGCUGAAACCGGAACUGGAGUAGAAGGAGAGACUGCCCCAGAGCAGGCUGUUGCUCCUGACUCAGCGGAAACCCUCACGGACAGUGAGACCAAUGGAAGCACCCCAGUAGCAGAUCUUGAUGCUUCAACUCUAAGCCAGCCAGACAAGAGCAUGGAUGACCGUGAAGAUGGUGAGGUUCCAGCCGGCACUCAGUCCCAGGUCCCCGAAGGCGAGGCACUUCCUGCACUGAAAGAGCUGCCUGCAGCAUCUUCUGAUUUUCAGUCGCAGGACGAAAGGUCUUCAAAGAUGGCAGAGGGUCUAGAACACACGGAUGAAGAGGAAGGAACAGUGGAGACUGUAGCCAUCCUUUCAAAGACUGAGGUGAUUCAAGAGACUGGCCAGUGCUCUGACGAGGAAGCCAAAGAAGAACCAUCCGUGGAAGGACUUGCUGUGUCUACUGACACAGAAAUAACUGAGAAAAAAAUAACUGAAGUUGUCCUUGAGGAGGACGUUACUAAGAAAGUUGAAUUUCAAGAGAAUGGUAAUCUAGAACUCCACAGUCCUGCUAAGUCUCUUCCAACCCCAGCAGAGGGAGAGAUGGUAGUUGAAGGGAAAAGGGAGACAGUGGAAGUGGAAGCAACCGAAGGGAAUGAAGAGAAACUUGAGCACGAACCAGCUGUGGACGUUUGUGAAGAGCUCAGUAAGCAACUGGUUCAGACAGUGAAUGUCACCAUCAUCGACGGGGAAAAGGAAGUCAUCAGUUUUGAAGGAAGUUCUCCCCUGCUGGCUUCUGAGGAAGAGGCAGGCACAGAAAUCCCAGUUCAAAGCUCUGAGGCAGCGUUAGCUCUGAUAGCUGCAGCCGUGGAGGAGAAGGUCUUAGGAGAAGCCAUCAAGAUUGUAGAAACAGCCGAAGCUUUGAAAUCUGCAGAAGCACGUCUAGUACCAGAAGAAGAGUCCUCAGAAAAAGACAAAGAUUUUCCUGCCCAGCCUGGGGAAGAAGAUGUGGCAUCCACAGCCACUGAGUCUCAAGCAGAAUCAAUACCAGUGAUAGUAUCUAUUACGCCUGGAAAAGACAUCAGCGCUGACCUGGAAGGAGAUGAAACCACAUCACAGAAACGGGAGUUGGAUGGAGAUGGUGAGCAGGCUGCUGGUCAGGAAGGCAGAGAGAGCAGCACAGGAGAGGAAGACGGCAAGGCGGAAAGUGAGAUUUCGAAACUUGAGAAGGAGAGCUGCAGACUUGUACAGAGCGUGAUUCAGACAGCCGUUGACCAUUUGGGGAGUACUGAAGAAACGGCCACUGAUGUCCAGACGCAGGCUCAACUGGCAGAAGCCGACAGCCAGGAAGCUGAGCAGAAAACGGAGAAAGAAAGCGAACCUCCGGCCUGCCCAGUGGAUGAAACACAAGCCGUAGAAGCCAAAGAGGAGCCCCCACUAAGCACCGGGGAACACGCACAUCCCAGCGUUUCCAAAGAUACAAAUGAAGCUUCAGAGAAGGUGGCGGCCAUUAGCAUAGAAGGUCCCAGGGUAGACGACCAGCAGCUUGAAGAGGUAGCUCUCCCAUCCCAGAAAAAGAGAGAAAUCCCUGAAACCGAGUCUGUGCUGCAAGAUGACGGCAGUGCCGGGUUUGGAGAAAGAAAGAAGUCACCAUUUGAAUCCCAAGAAGAUGAAAAAGGUGAUGCUGCCGGUGACCCUGGAAACCAAACCUCAGCCCCGGAGGAUGCUGAGGCCUCGGGAGGCUCGACCAAAGAGUCCCAAGAUACAAAUGGACCCAAACUGAAAGAGAAGGGAGACAGCCAGGAGGGAAAAGUGCAGAGCGAGUUGGAAAAAGAGAUGAAAACACAAACACAGGAGGAGACGCAGAGCCAAGAGAGAGAUCUGACGAAACCCGAACCCACGGAAUCUUAAAACAUCACUUACACUUUUGUACUUGCAAGACCAGAAUGUGAAGACCAGUAGGGGAAGAAAUUGAAUGCUGCUGAUGAGACCAGUCUUUCAGAACUUUGGAAACCGAAGAACAGACAUGUCAACUGCUCUCAUUUCCCGAGAACCCCUGACAAUCCUGAGGCUUCAUCGGGAGCUAUACCGGAUAACAUUUCUUCUUGUCAAGACCACACUGACAUUUUCCCUUGGUACCAUAUAAUGUUUCUGAUUCAAGGUCCUCAAUUCUUAGCCCAGAACUGGAGUUGGCAAUUCUUGGUUCUGCUUCUCAAACUGGAGUAUCAUUCUUUAUGUAUUUAUAUGUAUGUUUCAAGUAAUCCUCCUUCUGUAUCUAUUGUAUAUUUUUUUUUCCUUUUACGUCUAAGGAAAUGUACAGCAUAGUGCAAUUCCUUUUGUAUCACACAUUAUACGAGGGGGCAUGCGGCCACGGUCAAGUCUCUGGAAGCUUUCUGCUGCCUCAGUUACAGCCUUUGAAAAACAGCUCUCUAGAAAUAACAUUCCUGAUCAGAAGCUCCACCUCUUUUAAAAUUCACUAAGGAUUAGAUUCCCUGUUCAAUAUCACUCUGAAAUAGGUCACUUUCCUAUUAUGCAUAGUAUGCUAAAAAUAAAAGGCGGGUACGGGGGGCGGGGGUAGGGGGGAGACAUACAGAAUGUCCCAUUGUUACUGGGAAAUUUUUCUUCCUAGCCCCCGGGUGGAGGUUGGAAGGAAGUUUUUUUCAGGAGCAGAUUAAGUUGGAGUCUUUUCUCCUGAUUGUUAUGGUUGUUUGGACGGAUGCGUGUGCUUUCAUUUUGAGGCAAAGUAGUGAAAUGUUUUCACAUUAUGAAGAAAAGAAUUGACUGCUUUUGAGUCGACCUUACAUGCUGGACCCCCAUUCACACACAGCACAAAAUAAGUCAGGUUCUUUACAAAUGGUAUUUUGAUAGAUGCUGGAUUGUUAAUCUGUGCCAUAUUUGUGCCCACUCUUUUAAGAACAAUGUAGCAUUAUGUUCAUUUGGAUAAAUUGUGAUUUGACAACUGAUUUCAAUAAAACAUUUGCUUCACUUAGAUUUGCUGGAUUUCUUAGAUCAUAGGAAGCCUGGGUCCUAUGUUUAUUGCAUCCGAAAAGCAGAGAAGCUAGAACUUUCUAACGCAGUCACUACAGGGUCACUGCUUUACGUCAGUUUCAGAUUAGGGGAAGUCAAGGGCAGAGAGGCCUCCACUGAAAUAAACUGGGAGCUUUUCAGGUCGAAGGUCCUGAAACAAUGCUACCAUCUGGUGGUGCUUCCUGAAAAGUUAAUUCUCUUUGUUAAUACGUGUUAAUGACAGAUGCCUCUAGAAAGACAUUUUAAGAAGGCUUAGCAGUACAAAUGCCUUGCCUAACAGGUGAUCUUGGAAAAAAUUCUUAAAGUGUCAAAAUGAUUUCCACUUCAUGGUAAUAUACAAAAGAUUCUGUCAGACAAUUGCCACACACACAGAACCGUCCCCUAUCUACUGGAGAGUUUCCACUUUUUCAUGGGUAGAGACCGGUCUGAUGUAUAUACACUUCUUAAAUUUUACUUAAACUCAGUACUCCAGUUUGAGAACUUAAAUUUCAACUGUCGAUUAAGUUAUUUUAAAGCAUAACACUUAAGCAAAACUAGAAUAGUCUUUUUUUUUUUUUUUUUUAGCCAAAAGACAGUUGGCUGUUAAAACUGGAAAGUAAUUUCUCAUAAACCAACAAAUCUGAUUACAAUUAAAAAAAAAUUGGCCAUAUUAGAAAUACUCCUCAUGCUAAGAGCAUAUGGCCUUGCACUUGGAGAACAUUUAAUAUCCUUUUAGGAGUUAUUUGCACAUUUAAUAGCCACUUGUGCUUAAUUACUAAACUUUAAAAUCUCCAAAUUAAAAAAACAACCUCUGAUCUAAAGAUCUUUCUUUUGCCAACUUGAGACCUAAAAAAAAAAACAUGCUGAAACGCUGGUGUCAAUUUCUGAAGAUCAACUGAAAUUUGGAGAUGACAGCAGUUUUUAAGGAGUUCUUUUGACUUCUAAUUAUUGACUGACUUCCUUUCUAUGGCAGGAAGGUUUGUCCUGUUUUGAACAGAUUCAAGAUUUGUGUAGUUUAUGGUAGUCAUUUUUGGGGGAUUGAAAUUCCAUCCUGCCACUUCAUCCUAUUGGUGUUUGGCCUUGGCCGGGUCACUCUAGCCAUCAAAGUUGGUUUUUCAAUGGCAGUUGCUUGGUGACUGUGCUCUUUUGAUGUGCCCUGGGUUACUCCCGUUCAAGAUCUGUACCUGUGUCCACUAAGCAUCAUUGUUGUAUUAACAGGAGCAAUGCCAUUAACAGUAGCAUGACAUAUAAUUCUGUAUUAUAAUUUUAUAAUUUUAAAGCUGCUGUUGUGAGGUCGUUAAGCAUCAAAUGCAAACUGCAGAAGUUGGAGCAAGUGCCUAAACUUUGCUAAUUUUUGCAUUACUAUGGAGCCAUGUACAAUAGAAAGGAAUGCAAGACUUGUACACUCUUGCCAUUUCUUAUAAUUGAGGAAUAUAAAAUGUUCCCCCUCAGGUUCUUUUGCUAAUGGUACACCCAAGUUGCCUCUCUCUGCCACACAGAUAACUUUGUUCCGAUAUUUUCCUUUGAGAUAUUGAAGGGCUGGAAAUUUUAGCUCUCAGUGUAAGCUUCAAGCUUAGCAGUUUUCCUUUAAUCUGAGACAAUAUUUGAUUCUUACUUCUGUUUGGGCGGGGAUGCAGAUUUUUCAUUUAUCUAAAUAAAAUGCAACCUAAUUAAA